GCACAGCUGUCAGUGGUGGACGUCAAUGAAUAGUUACUGUGCUGUUCUGUUUUGCACUACCGUCAUAAUAAUUGAAGCUGAUUUUUAUUAUACAUGCAGAUUUUAAGCCAAAACACGGCGAAUUCUCAGUUGUCAAGUGGUGAACCGAAGGCCGAUGCAACGUACGGAAUUUGCGGCAGCAGUGAGUUUUAUUUUUCAAUUGGUCGAGGCGGGAUCGGUAAUAACAAGCAGGCGGACGAUAACCAAAGUGAAAGGGUGCUAGCAGUCGUGAAUGAUAGGUGCUAGCAACACGCGUGCUUUAGAUGUCGUUUGGCUAAAUCGUAUAACACCGAGAAGGAAAGAGCAGCUGAGGGAUGGCACCUACCGAGAACGAAAUGCGGUACUCGUCCAGUCAGCUCCGAACGGAACCGGAAGAUCCGGCAAAGACCGAACCAUACGACUUUGAAGCACACCCGUUGUCCUCCGGGGAACAUCUCGAGCCGGGGCAGGUCCCCAAGAAGUCCAUCUCCUGGCGGGAUGGCAUUCCUCAGAUCACGGCUGCAAUAUUGGUUAAUUUGUUGGUAGUGCAAGCAGGCAUAAACAUGACUUAUUCGACGAUACUGUUGCGGCAGCUUUCCACCCCAGACAGCCCCAUCCAAAUCAACAAGGCCGAAGCGUCCUGGAUUGCUAGCGUGGUGACGAUCGCCCUACCGAUAGGUUCGCUCGUUGUCGGACAGCUAAUGGAUCAGUAUGGCCGGAAGAAGGUUUCGCUGGCUACCUGUCUGCCGUUUGCCAUCGGUUGGGCACUGAUCGCGCUGGCACAGGACGUCAAUGUGAUCUACGUCGCGCGGAUAAUCUUGGGCAGUUCGGGUGGAUUGACCACGGUGGCGUUGGUGUACGUGAGCGAACUAUCGCACGUAUCGAUGCGAGCGAUGCUGCUAUGUCUGAACAGUGUUUUUGUUUCGUUCGGAAUCCUGCUGACGUGCAUUUUGGCACUUUUCUUCGAAUGGCGAGCGAUCGCAAUCAUCUUUACCGUGUUUUCCGUUGGCACUUUCUUUCUCAUCCUGAUCAUACCGGAAUCUCCUUACUGGCUCUUGACGUUCACGAAACGGGAUCCUUCCGAAGUCCGGAAGGUCAUGAAUUGGGUCUACCGGGAUCGAACUCUCGCAGAAGCCCAGUAUCACCAACUGAUCUUAACCGAGCGCAGUCCCCAGCGAGCAGUCACAGAAUCUAGGAUGAAUCGAUUUUCGUUAAAGUUAUACCUCCACCCAAGGGUCUACCGACCUCUCUCAGUCCUGCUUCUACUAUUCAUGUUCCAGCAGCUUUCCGGAGCGUACGUUCUAAUCUUCUACGCUUUAAAUAUAUUCAUGGAGAUCGGAGGCUCGCAAGCGCAAGGUUUCAACGAAUACAAUGCCCUGGUAUUCCUAGGUCUGAUUCGGUUCAUCAUGUCGAUACUGACAUCUGGAUUCUCCCGCAGGUUCGGGCGACGACCGUUAUUAAUCACCUCGGCCGGUACCAUGGGCUGCUCUGCUAUGGUUGCAGCCCUCUAUCUACACUUUAUCCGAAACGCUGGACGGGAAAGCCACCCAGUUGGAGGAAGCUAUCUGCUGCUAGCGUGCGUUCUUGGAUACGUUUGCUUCAGUGCCCUCGGGUAUCUGGUCCUGCCGUGGACCAUGAUUGGUGAAGUGCUACCCACCGAUGUGAAGGGUAAACUUGGAGGAUUCGUCGUGUCCGUGGCGUAUGUGAUGAUGUUUGUCGUGGUCAAGGCGUUUCCGUACCUUCUGGAACUGGUUGGAAUUCAAGGUAUUUUCUACCUGUACGCCAUCACCAGUUUUGCCGGGGUGAUCUACGUCUACGGGUGGGUGCCAGAAACGUUCGGCAAGAGCUUUCAGGAAAUUGAGCAACAUUUCGUGAAAACGGACUAGCAAAUAGGUAGCAAGUUGUUAGCGUAGUACUUAAGGCGAGUGGAACAAGUUACCAAAAUUAGAGUUCAAAUUUCAUGUCUUCCAGAGGCUCGGUGAGGUAGUUGAUAUACAUGAACGAUGUGAAAGACAUAACCGUACCACAGACAAACAGACGAAUUCUGUAUUAGAAACUUAAAAAUAUCGUCACGAAACUCACUAACAAAACUUGCUUGCCAUGUCUCAAACAACGUUGCAUACAAGUUUGCUAGAAUGUACACGUACAGAAUAAAUAAAUCACCGACUGAUUCACACUUACUCACUUUUUAAGCAUGCUAUAAUCCCCCAUUCAAAAUGUUACUCCAAUUCCUUAAAGCGUAGGUUACUCAUAGCGCUGAGUACCCUACGCUUUUAGAAAUUUGAGUGAAAUUUUAUAUGGGGGAUUAUAUCAUGCAUAGAAGUGAGUAAAGGUGACUCAGUCCGUGAGUUAUUCAUUUUGUCCGUGUAUAGCAACGUCAAAGUGAUCCGAUGUCAGCGCUAUGUUGGUGGAUUCGCGAAACUAAUGAUAUUUAAAUUGAACGAUAAAUGCGUGCACGACGAUAGAGGAGAAAGAGUUACCUUUGUUUGCCUGUGACAGUACUAUAGCCCACUGACCCCAAAGAACUGGCACUGUGAUUAUUUAUGAUCAGGACAAUUACUUGUUUUGGUUAAACCUUUCUAAUUCUAGGACGUUGCCAGCUGGAUUGAAUAUGAUGUACAAUUUGUA